AUGUCACUGGCCCCAUGCCGAAAGACUCCCAGAGGUCGUCAACGCCCUCUCCAGAGACCGUCCGGGCCAAAAUCGACACCUUUUCAGCGUGAACCUCUGUCACAAGAAGAUGUCAGCACGUUAAGCAAACUCGUCCAAGACAACUACGGAUGGGCACCUCAAUCAUUCCAGCUCACAGGCAUCCAAUCUCAGCUUGAGGGGGUUGAUGCCAUGAUUCAGGCCCCAACAGGCGCGGGCAAGACAGCUAUAGUAGCUGGUGCACAUUUAUGGCCUCACGACGAGCCAAAGGUGACCAUUAUGGUCUCGCCGUUGCUGUCCCUAGAGGAUGAAAUGGUCAAAACAUUCAAGGACCAAUUCAACCUCGACGCGGUCGCGGUCAACAGCCAGAACGGCGCCUGCUCUCCACUCGUUCUGCAGCGGAUCCUUGACAUGAAGUACCAAGUCAUCCUUGCGUCGCCAGAGAUGCUACAGUCACGUACCUUCAUCAAGAAGGUCCUUCGGAACCCACGGUUCACCCGACACAUCUUGUCUCUUGUUGUUGACGAAGCACAUUGCGUCUCACACUGGGGAGCCGACUUCCGCAAGAAGUACGCUUCCCUCGGUGUCAUCCGGGCUUUCCUUCCCCGCGGGACACCUGUCAUUGCCCUGACAGCAACCUUAACGGCACGCGUGCGUCGUGACAUCCACGGCAAACUCCACUUCCCAAAGGGAGGCAGUCGUUUCUUCAACGCCGGCAACGACCGCCCCAACGUCACCAUUGUCGUGCGUGCCGCUGAACAUCCACUGAAGACGUUCGAGGACCUUGAUUUUGUGAUCCCGAAAACGCUCACCCGUGCUGAGGAGAUCCCAAAAACCUGGAUCUAUGUCGACAACAUCAAUACUGGGACCGACAUCAUCGACUACCUGGCCCAGAAACUCGAAACACGUACUCAACGCUCUGACGGCUCAGUAUCCGCAGGGGUCAUUCGCCCAUUCAAUGCAACCUUGUCGUCGGAGUACCGUACAGCGGCAAUGGAGGCGUUCCGAGAUGGGAGUAUCAGGAUACUUGUCUGUACUGAAGCCGCCGGCAUGGGAUGCGAUAUACCAGAUAUAGACAUUGUCGUCCAGUGGAAGCUCCCAGCCACGUUUUCCAACUUCAUACAACGUGCGGGACGUGCCGCGAGGGGCCGUGGUCGGAGGGGGCUUGCAGUUCUUAUUGUUGAGCGGUCGGCCUACUCCAUUGAUCUCACGCAAGCUGAAGUGACGCCAGACGGUCCUGCGUCCUCGGAAGCGGCAACGAUGCAACGCACAAAGAAUGUGGGCGGAGCCAAAGCCAAAGGAAGGAAGAGGAAAACACCGCAGGCCCGAGCUAAAGCACCCAAGCAAUAUGCGGACGCCCACGGGGUCAAUCGCGGUGGCACGUCGUGCAAAGAUAAUAUACCGACGGGUCAACAACCGCGACUUAACCUCGAGGCCGUGGACGAAGGGCUUCUCGCUUUUGUACAGAGCGUGAAGUGCCGCCGGCGAGUCUGGGCUGAAGCGUUUGAGAGUCCAACGUCAACUGUACCCACUACAGGGCCGUGUUGCGAUAUCUGCCAUCCUAGCCUCCUCGAACGCACGCGACCAGGCACAAUACAACAAACUAAAAAGGCGAAACGAGUCGUAUGUGGCCUCCCGGACAUUGAGGCACAGCUGGCUUUGUACGAGUGGAGGGACAGCGUGUACGACCGCGACCACACAGCCAGCCUCUAUGACUCGUCUGCCAUUCUGGACGACACCGCGAUCGAACGCCUUGCCUCAGUGGGGAACCAGUCGCAGGAUGUCCUCACUGCGAUGCUGAAGCCAUCCUGGAUAUGGUGGGACAAGUAUGGCCACGACUUGCUGGCCCACCUUGCAACACUUGAUAUUGCGUUCACGCCGAAGGCCGGUACGAAGCGCGCUACUCCCACAGCUCCUUCCUCGACGGACAUGCACCAGCCAUCAACCAGUGCCAACACGCGCCACCCCUCGAUGGGCGCGGUCUCUGGACACGGUCCGGAUGAACCAGCUGUGGUCGCAAGGCCGACAAAACGAGCACGCACCGAAGCCGGCACUGCGGGUGGGCCAGAUGCCAUAUUUGACGAACAAUCAGUGCGCAGGCAAUCUGAUCUGAACGUCCUGCCUGCCCGCGCACCGGGGAACGUCCAGUUCACCCGCGCGCCGAACGUUCAGUCCACCCGCGCGCCGAAUGUCCAGUCCACCUGCACCACGAACGUCCAGUCCGCCCGCGCACCCUCCGACCAGUCUGUGCGCGCACCCUACGCUGUCCAGUCGAUCCCCGCACCGAACAUUCAGCCUGCACUGAAUGUGCAGACCACCCCGGCCCGCGCAGUGAGUGUUCAGCGCACCGGCAUACCGAUUGCCCACGCCGCCUACGCACCGGACAUCCAGCCCGACCGCACACUCAGCGUCCAGCCCGCCAGCGUACCGAACAUUCAACCCGUCCGAAGACCAACUCAACCGGUGGCUGGCCCCGGGCCACUGUCCAUCCAAUCCACCAGCCUACCAAGCAACGAAACAGCAAGAAUACUAACUCACCAACCAGCUGUUGCGACGUACGACUCCUUUUGGGCAACGUUCUCAUCGCGUGCGUCGGCGCCGCCGGACCAGUCCACUGGCAGAAGGUCGUAGUAUCCGUUGACGGACAGCUGUACUUAGUUUGUCGCCGCCAAAUGUGCUUGUUUUCGAUUCAGUCGUAGGCGGGAAUGAUGAUUAUAGCGUGGAUGCGUUACAAUCGCCAAAGAGUCGACGUCGAAACAAACGGCGCAAGACGGGC